CUUGUAAAAUUGAAUUCAAUUCUAAAAUAUUGAAUUCUUUUGUUCUGUUGAAAAUAAUAAAAAAAAACCUACACGACCGGAUCCGUAUUCGGACUUCCGGAAUCAGAAAAAACAGCUGAUGCGGUUUUGUUUACAUUCUGCCAGACACCACGCGCGGGAUUUUAAUCGGGUCGCCGAGAUUCGGGGAUUUAAUAGCCUUUCGUCGCCGCGGAUAUCGAAGCUGCUUAAUGCAGGACGGAACGGGUGGAUGGUGGAGGCGUGUGACCAGUGUUGGUUCCAUAACAAAUCAUCGGAGAUGCUCGUCGCGACACAUCCACUUGCACUCGAAGACGGUCUAGCGGAAUAGUGUUCGAGGGGGAUGGCAAAUUAUUUUUAAUCAUCCAACGGCUAGUCUCUCGCGCUUUUGUUUAGCGCUAAGAACUCUACCGAGGCCGUGAUAGCCGACGUGGUUAGCGACACUAGACUAGCAGUUGUUGACGGUGUUCUGCCGUAGUUUCCCGAUAAGGUUGGCACCGAUCAGAUCCUGCGCAAAGUGAAGAGUCAUUAUAGAAAUUUUAGAGUAAAAAAAACGCAAUGUCUACUUUUGAGGUCACAUCGGAGCUCUACUCAGAGGCAGAAUUUUGCAGCACAGAUUCUGGUAAUGGCAAUGCUGUUUCUAAAUUUACCUUCACCUACCCAAACCAAACCAAACAGUUGUCGACCACUACUACUAGAACGGCUGAAGCGGACAAGUCAUGUAAUGGAACGCUCAUUGAAAGAGAUAUGAGAGAACAGACAAAUGGGAGCGAUAUCGAUGAAAGUGAAUCCGAAUCCGAAUCUGGUGAUGAUGUUGACAUCGAGGCAGAACUUAACGAUGAUUGCUAUGUACCGGUGUCAUUCGAUCAGCCUGGCAAGCUGCAGUCCUCGAUCGAAGUGGAUAAAGAUGGAGAUCUGUUAGUUGCACGCCUCAGGAAAGGCGUUAUAGAAAUUGAACACCGUAAGUCAACCCUGCUGAAUAUGGUGGGUUUGCAAAUUUGGCGCGGGGCUUUACUGUUAGCGGACUACAUUCUUCAUAACGAACGAAAGUUUAGGAAUAGUCACAUUCUCGAACUGGGCUCGGGUGUCGGGCUGACAAGUAUAGUGGCCAGCAUGUACGCACGUGAAGUAAUCUGUACUGAUAUCGAUAUUGGCGGGCUUCUUGGUCUGAUCCGCGACAAUAUACAGCGAAAUGUCCAUCUCUCCAACCCUACCUGUCGUAUGAGCGUCAGCGAACUAGACUUUAAAGUAAGCUACCAGGAUUAUCCGCAAACGCUAAAAAGUCAACUGCAGUCUGUACAGUACGUUCUGGCAGCUGAUGUGAUCUACGACGAUGAUAUAACCGAAGCGUUUGUACGUACGCUUGUUAGCUUGCUGUUGGAGCUUCCUAAAUUGAAAGCAAUCUAUAUAGCUCUUGAAAAGCGUUAUGUAUUUACGCUAGAAGACAUGGAUUCCGUUGCACCGUGUUACGAUUACUUUUUGCGGUGCUUUCAGAAACGCAACAACCGUUUCGGGAUUAACCGGUGGAAGCUGAUCAAUGUGUGUAUGAACUUUCCGCGUUACUUCGAUUAUGAUAAGGUGAAGGAUCUGGUGUUACUUAAAAUAUGCCAUGCUAGUAAAUAAAACAAUGUGAUAUAAAAUUCUGGACGGAUUCUGCAUUUAUCGGACCAACCUGCAAUAAACCAACCUAAUGAUUUGCAAGACAUCAAAAUAGGUCUUCCAGGUGUCCAUCGGGGUAAAACAUCCUAACUGCUGGGUAGAUCAAGUAAUAGACCUUAUUUUGGUUUUGUCAGGUAAAAGAGGUGGUUUGUAGGAUUUUUUAAAACUCUUUCUACCUCGAAUAUACCUGCAAUCAUAUCUUGAAGCGUGGAGUUUGCUGCGUAGAGUAUACAUAGUCUUAUGUUUCCGUCGUAAGCAUUACUAGGCCAGAACAAGGAAAAGGCCAAGCGAGCUAGUAGAGUAAAACGUGAUCAGUUUUAGAAGCAUGGAAGUGGUUGAGUUGAUGAGUGCUAUUAUAGUGACCCUAGUGAUAAAAAUUUAUUGGACCUUGCAGCAAACAAUGGAAAGCAUGUUGAAUGAUGAUCGAUCACUCUAUCAAUCUGCACUACCAGAGGUAGCAGCAACAGCCAAUAAUUCAAACACGGAGCAGUGUUGUUUUCGUGCAGAGUCUCGGAAAUUAUUCGAUGAAAGCCGUGGAGAUCGGCAGCUGCUUAUUACUUCAACUCCAUUAGCUCACAGUAGCGAUACCGAAAUGAUACUGUCGCGUAACUAUUCCAGCAUAUGUUAUCCCGAAGAAAGCGAUCACGUUCGUUCAAUGAUAUGUGAGGAAAAGGUUUUCGUGGACCAUAAAAAUCGCACCCAGCAAGAGGAGAACCAACUCGUCGGUCGACCGAGGCCCGGUCAAGUCCCUAGUGAAAUCCCAUUCCUUCCGUCCUCCCGGAACAAUCUUUCGCCGGAUACAGCCAAAAAGUAUCUUCAAUUAGUCCAAGCAUCUAGCACCCAUAGGCAGCAGCGGGAAAGGUUAAACAAACGGAAAAAUAUUAGAUUAUAAGUAGUGCAUAAAUGUAAUAAUGAUGAAAUGAAAAAGGAAAUAGGAAAAGGAGGAAAUACAACCAACCAUUUAAAUACAAACCAACUUUUUUUAGUGAGCAC